GAGCGGAGCGGAGCGGCGGCGGCAGAGCGGGCGAUGGAGGCGGCGGCGGCGGCGGCGGAGGCGGAGGGCUACCCGUGCCGGCGCAGCCGCGCGGUGCAGAGCGGGCAGUCGGCGCUGCCGGGCGCGCUGCUGUUCGGCGCGGGGCUGGCGGGCAACGCGCUGGCGCUGGCGCUGCUGGCGCGGCAGCGGGCGCGGGGCCGCGGGAAGGCGCCCGGCUUCUGGCUGCUGGCGGCCGGGCUGGCGCUCACCGACCUGCUGGGCAAGGCGCUGCUGAGCCCCGUGGUGCUGGCCGCCUACGCGCGCAACAGCAGCCUGAGCCAGCUGUGGCCGGGCGACGGGGCGGCGGGCGGCGAGGGCGCGGGGCUGUGCGGGCUCUUCGCCGCGCUCAUGGCCUUCUUCGGGCUGGCGCCGGCGCUGGCGCUGCUGGCGCUGGCCGCGGGCUGCUGGCUGGCGCUGGCCCGGCCGCACUGCUACCGCCGCCGCUGCGCCCGCCGCCGCCGCGCCGCGCUGCUGCUGCUGCUGCCGGCCGCCGCCCUGUGCGCGCUGCUCAGCGCCGCGCCGCGCCUGGGCUGGGGCCGCUACGCGCAGCACUGCCCCGGCACGUGGUGCUUCGUGCGCCUGGCGCGCGGCGGCGCCUUCCCGCUGCUCUACGCCUCGCUGCUGGCCGCCCUCGUGCUGGCCGUGGCGCUCUGCAGCCUGGGCGCGGCGCGCAGCCUCCUCCGCCUGGCCCGCCGCCGCCCCGGGCCCCCCGGCCCCCGCGGCCCCGGCCCCCGCGCCCGGCCCGGCCUCCGCGAGCUCGACCACGUCGUGCUGCUGGCGCUCAUGGCCGCGCUCUUCGCCGUCUGCUCGCUGCCGCUCGUCGUGCGUGCCUACAUCGGGGCCUUUGCUCCUGACUUCAACGAGAAAGCGGACCUCACCGCCCUGCGGUUCAUGUCAGUGAAUUCCAUCGUGGACCCCUGGGUGUUCAUCAUCUUCCGCACCUCCUCCUUCCGUAUGUUUUUCCACCGACUUUGCAGGAGACUGAACUAUAAGAAAGCUGCCCGGCCUCCGAUUCUGUGCCCCGGGCAUGGAGCCUGCCAGGCAGCAAGCAGCCGCUCACUUUCUGGGAUGACUUGAAGGGGAUAUUGCAUUGCUCCUUGUUCACACUGGCCUACAGUCAGCACCGACCGUGACCAUGGGCGCGACUGGGAGGAAUGGAUCGUGUGCACAAAGCAUCAGAUGUGUGAACGUGUGUCCUGGGGAAGGGAAAGCACCUGCGUUCUCGCUGUGUACAUGUUCGACAGACCUGAAGCUUCUCCCCCCGGCUGCAGCUCUCACUCCCUGUCCCAGGUUGGAGCUAAAAUCUGGGGCCGUGGUAGUAACGAUGAAUGUCUUGACAUGGCUGCACUUAGCCUCCUGGAGCAUCUGGACUGUGCAAAUAAGGCAUUUGCUGCCUAAUGCGGUGAAUGUCUCUAACUCUGGUCUGCGGAUCUUAUUCUCCAGUGAGGUCCCACACCCAGAACUACAAGUUGCUCCGCACGGAGGAGCCCAUUGACUUGCAGGGCUGCAUGGGGUGUGCGUCUCUCACAUGCCCCCACCUGCCCCCAUCAAUGGGCAAGUCAGUCUUUAAAUUAAAAUAAACAAAAGCUGUGGAUAAUCAA